AUGGGCCAGGCGGCCUGGAAGGGGUUCGCCCAGUCGCUGUUCGACUAUAAGACCGCAAAGUUCGUGGUCGCCAAGAGCAAGAAGGUGGGGCUGCUCUACCGGCUUCUGCAGCUCACCAUCCUGUUGUACUUGCUCAUAUGGGUGUUUCUGAUAAAGAAGAGUUACCAGGAUAUUGACACUUCCCUGCAGAGUGCUGUGGUCACCAAAGUCAAGGGUGUGGCCUAUACCAAUACCACUAUGCUCGGAGAACGGCUCUGGGAUGUAGCUGACUUUGUCAUUCCAUCUCAGGGGGAGAACGUUUUCUUCGUGGUCACCAACCUGAUCGUGACUCCUAACCAGCGGCAGGGCAUCUGUGCUGAGCGUGAAGGCAUUCCUGAUGGUGAGUGUUCUGAGGACACCGACUGCCGUGCCGGGGAGUCUGUUGUCGCUGGACAUGGGCUGAAAACUGGUCGCUGUCUACGGGUGGGGAACUCUACCCAGGGUACCUGUGAGAUCUUCGCUUGGUGCCCAGUGGAGACAAUGUCCAUGCCAACGGACCCCCUCCUGAAGGAUGCUGAAGGCUUCACCAUUUUCAUAAAGAACUUCAUUCGCUUCCCCAAGUUCAACUUCUCCAAAGCCAAUGUUCUAGAAACAAACAACAAAGACUUCUUGAAAACCUGUCACUUCAGCUCCAAGAACCUCUACUGUCCCAUCUUCCGACUGGGGUCCAUUGUCCGCUGGGCAGGGGCCGACUUCCAGGAUAUAGCCCUGAAGGGUGGUGUGAUAGGAAUCCAUAUCGAAUGGGACUGUGACCUCGAUAAAGCUGCCUCUAAGUGCGACCCACACUAUUAUUUCAACCGUUUGGACAACAAGCACACCAAAUCCAUAUCCUCUGGGUACAACUUCAGGUUCGCCAGGUAUUACCGUGACCCUAAUGGGGUAGAGUUCCGUGACCUGAUGAAAGCCUAUGGCAUCCGCUUUGACGUGAUCGUCAACGGUAAGGCGGGAAAAUUCAGCAUCAUCCCUACCGUCAUCAACAUAGGUUCUGGGCUGGCGCUCAUGGGUGCUGGGGCUUUCUUCUGCGACCUGGUGCUUAUCUACCUCAUCAGAAAGAGCGAGUUUUACCGAGACAAGAAGUUUGAGAAAGUGAAGGGUCAGGAGGAGGAAGCCAGUGUGGAGCUUGAGGCCAACGAGAUUGAGCAGGAACUGCCAGAGGACAAGCCACCAGAAGGGGGUCAGCAGGAUGAGCAUCCCCAAGAGCUGGUCCAGAAUAGCAGGAAGCAUAAUAGCAACUGCCAGGAGCUCUUUGAGCCUGCCAGAAAGGCCAUGCUGCAAAGAGUUCCUGAUGGCCCUCUCUCUGCUUCUGUGCACAUCCCUCCUCCAAGGUCUGGCCUCCAGGAGAAAGCCAUCCUGAAUGUGAAGCAGCCACAGAUCUUGCAAACAGUGAAGACGUAG